AGAAGACCUACAUGCAGGACAGUUCCAUUCAAGAAUGAUCAUCAACACAUCAUCGUAUCGUCAUUUCACAAAACCCUGUCCGAAACAUCAUCUAAUCUGUCUCACUCUCAUUACCAUUUCCUCUCUCUCCAUACUCAUCUCCCUCGAAACCACAAUCACACGCAGCAGCAGCAUCACCAUCUCUUACCAAGAUCCUCCACUCCUUCUAGAACCUUCCAAACCCCACCUCUCAGAAUCUUCCCAGAUUCCUUAUUCCUUCUCCAUCUGUCCCAAGAACUUCACCAACUACUUGCCUUGUCAUGACCCGACAAGGGCACGCCGGUUCAGCCUCCAAAACAGGUUCCGGAGGGAGAGGCACUGUCCUGAGUCGGUCCACGAGAAGGUCAGGUGCUUAGUUCCAAACCCUAAUGGCUACAGAACUCCGUUUUCUUGGCCAGAGAGCAGAGACAACGUCUGGUUCAAGAAUGUGCCUUUCAAGAAGCUGGUAGAGCUAAAGAAGACUCAGAACUGGGUGAGGCUCGAAGGGGACCGAUUCGUUUUCCCAGGCGGUGGCACUUCUUUCCCCGAAGGCGUGGAGGGCUAUGUCGAUGUCAUAAAUGGGGUUUUGCCAUUGUCUUCAGGGAGCAUCAGAACUGCUCUGGACAUCGGAUGCGGGGUAGCGAGUUUCGGAGCAUUCUUACAGAACCAUAACAUCUUGACAAUGUCGAUAGCACCGAGGGAUAUACACGAGGCUCAGGUUCAGCUUGCCUUAGAACGAGGGAUCCCGGCUAUGCUCGGUGUCCUCAACACCUUUAAACUACCUUUCCCUUCGAGCUCUUUCGACAUGGUCCACUGUUCCAGAUGCCUCAUCAACUGGACUGCCAACGAUGGGUUAUACUUGAUGGAGGUUGAUCGUAUUCUUCGUCCGGGUGGUUACAUGGUGUUGUCUGGACCGCCUGUGACUCAUCCAAAGGUUAAACGCAAGAAGGAAGGCAGAGAUUCCAAGAACUCGGGGGAAGAAAAGGACAUGUUAGAAGAAGUGUCUAGAAGAAUUUGUUGGGAGAAAAUCUCGGAGAGACACCCUGUUGCCAUCUGGAGAAAGCCUUCUAAUCAUCUUCAUUGUAGCCAGAAGCUUCAAGCUAAUGAUUCUCCCCGCUUCUGCACUUCGAGAGAGCCCGAGAUUGCAUGGUACAGCAAGAUGGAACCAUGCAUUACUCGUCUGGAAGAAACAUCGGCCCCGGUUCUGAAAAACUGGCCCGAGCGACUAAACGACCCACCUCGACGAAUCAAAGCCGGGAAAAUGCAGAGAACUACGCUUUCCAGCUUUACAUCCGACAUUGAUACGUGGCAAAGAAGAGUUCUUCACUAUGACAGGAUCCUAAAGUUUCUUGGCAAUGGCAAGUACAGGAACAUCAUGGACAUGAAUGCAGGAUUUGGUGGGUUUUCUGCAGCUUUGGUGAGGUAUCCGGUCUGGGUAAUGAACGUGGUGCCCUUUGAUGCCAAACCAGAUACACUUGGUAUUGUAUAUGAUCGAGGCCUUAUAGGAACUUACAUGAACUGGUGUGAGGCUUUUUCAACAUACCCUCGAACGUGUGAUCUGGUCCAUGCAAAUGGUUUGCUCAGCAUGUACUUACACAAAUGUGACAUUGUUGAUAUACUGAUCAAGAUUCAUCGGAUUCUCAGACCACGAGGAGCUGUGAUCAUACGUGAUCGUAUCGACGUUGUCAUUAAAGCAAAGAUCAUUGUUGAGGGCUUUAGAUGGAAUGGAACCAUAUAUUCAGAUGAAGAUUAUAGUUUUGACCAUGAAAAGAUUCUAAUUGUAGACAACUCUGUUAUCUGGUAGGGUUUAAAUUGUUAAAUAUAAA